AUUCAGUCAGUAACCUUAAACCUAUUACAAAUGCUGCGAAUACGUACGUACGUUGCUUACUGGGUGGUCCUUGGUUUGCAUGUACUUGUCUCUACCGCGUCCCCGUCUUUGCUUCCAGACGGCGGCCGUCAGUCACUGCUAUGGCGUCACCCGAUAGUCGGGAAAGGUGCAACUAGCGGCGAGGUUUACCGCCCGCUUCGUUUCAGGCGCUUCAAACUAGAUCUUCUACCCAAUGAGGUUCCAAGGCCCGUGUCUCCGUUGCGACAGCAGCGGAAUUGCUCGCACUGGAUUGUUACUACCACCAUUAACGUAGCCUCGCCGAACUUGCAAGCAUUGGCUAAUAUGACCGGGUGGUGCAAGGUGAUAGUGCUUGACCGGAAAUCUCCUGCGGACUUCAACCUCCGCGGUCCCGGACUCGUCAUCUUGACUGUGACGGACCAGGAGGGUCUUGGCUGGAAGGGGAUGGAUCGCAUACCCUGGAACCACUUCGGCCGUAAGAAUGUGGGGUUCAUGUAUGCUGCCGUCCAUGGCGCCCAGGUUAUCUACGACACAGACGAUGACAACAUCGUCCUUGACAACUCUGCCGCAUGGCUGCCUAGGUCGUUUCGACCAGAGGAUGGCUCCAUGCCGGAGCUGGUUUCACCAACUUCAGGGGACAUCGUCUUCAACCCUUACCCAUUUUGGGGUGUCCCUGGUGCCUGGCCUCGCGGUUUCCCUCUAAGCCUUAUCGAUCGCCCCACCACCAGCAACGGAGUGCGUCCCGCCAAGCUUGGGGAGAACGGUCAUCCGGACAGGAUCUGCGUCCUGCAGUCAUUGGCCAAUGCCGACCCAGACAUGGAUGCCAUCUGGCGGCUCACCCGGGAACUCCCCCUCUACUUCCGCCCUCUGAAUUCAUGGCUGGCCUACCCUUCCGGCACCUAUGCACCGUGGAACGCACAAGCAACGCUAAUCAGCGCCGAGCUUAUUGCUGGCAUGGCUCUUCCGGUGACCGUACACGGCCGCGUCAGCGAUAUUUGGCGUUCGUACAUCCUUCAACGUGCCAUGUGGGGCCUGGGUUGCGGCCUUGCCUUUUCCGCGCCCUGGGUCACGCAGUACCGCAAUGCGCACGCUUACCUCAAGGACUUCCAAGCCGAGCUGGACCUGUACCUCAAGACGGAGGGGCUGCUGCAGGUGCUCAAUGCGGUUGACCUGGACGGUACCACCGCGGGAGGCCCCCACAGGAGGCUGGAGCGGUUGGGAGCGCGUGUGCUGACGCUGUACAUUGCCCUGUACGAGCACGGUCUGCUGGAGGGGGACGACGUUCUCAUGUUGUACUCGUACCUCACUGAUCUGGGUCAGCUAACGGCAACUGAGCUGGUAGCGGUGCGGGCGGUGCUCAGUGCGCCCUCCUCCACCGCCGUCGCUGUCGCCACAAGCCAACCCGCAGUCCCGUCGCAGCAGCAGCGGGCAGCCGUCUGCGUCACCGGGCAGUUCCGGGGAGGCCCGUUUCCAUGGACCAGCAUUCAACGCAACGUCUUGAACGCCCUCGACAUGGCGUACGAUGUGUUCGUGGUGUCUCCGGCGGAGUAUAAGGGUCAGGCCGCGAGCGAUUUCCUUUACCAGCUAAAACCGCACGUGGUGCUGCACCCCGAUUAUGCGAUUGUGGAGGAGCUGAUUAAGCUGGAUGGCUGGGACCUAACGGGCUUCACCGCGCCGCAUAAUCCCAAGAAGUGGCUGUUCCAGAUAGCGGACUUGAAGGUCUGCGCCGAUGCAAUCAAGAACUCCUCUAUUACCUACACCCAUGCUGUCCGUGUUCGCGCCGACUCCAUGGUUCUCACCCGCCUGCCGGAGGCCAUGCCAAAGCUGCAAGUAAAGGAUGUGGUGGUUCCCGCGAAUGAGAGUUUCGAGGGAGUGAAUGACAGGUUUGCGUACGGCGGCAUUGACGCAAUGAUGUCGUAUCUGACCGUUCUCGACGUGAUUCCCGGCAUGCUGGCAGAUUUGGUCGCUAAGAAGGACCCACCGCCGGCCUCUAGGAACGCGGAGGGGAUCCUGCAAGCGCAGUUGGAGCGUAAUAAGGUUGUUGCCUUGCCCCGGGUGGUCAUGUUGUGCCGUCUGGAGGAGUAUGUGAGCGGGAAGUUGCGAUGUGACGAGCAUGACUAUGCAACGUUUCCGGAGUGCAAGCAAGCCUGCGAUGAAUUGAGUGGGCGCCGCUAGUACAUGCGUAUGGCGUUGUGUAGUGUAGUAUUUAUGAAGUUGUUGCGAGUCUGGCUCCCUCCACAGGGCUUCCGUGCAGGUGGAUUGCGUGGCUUGAGUUGACUUGGUGUGUUUGGCAACGGCUUGUGCAGUUGUCUGCGUCUUUCUUUGCUCAUGACUCGUGAACAUACGAAUGGACAAUUCAUACACUGCUUACAGUGGCACAAACGUGCCAUCUAGCGCAUCUUAUGUCCGGACAUAUGCUAGUAUGACAAUGUUUAAUGGUCACCGGGCAAGGGCCAACCUUCGACAAUGCCUGUUUUUGCGUAUUCGCUAUUCGUGUUUUCGGAGCCUUCUGGAGGCCAGCCCGCUGGGGGUAAAGAGGAGACGUUGAUGAGCUGGAUGUGGAGGCUGCAUGGUUGACUAGCCCGCUGGGGGGGGGCAGAGUCACAAACACGGCUUGCGCGCACAAUGUUGCAGUGCUGUCGCUGCCGCUGAAGUGCGCCGUGCACCUUAAUCAAUAUCAUGCCGUUAACUGACGUGGUCUGGUCAAAUCACCUGUGCUGUGGCUUGGCUAUUGGUAAGAUACCCAUGGGUCGCACGGGCGUGGUAGGGGGGUCCGAGUGUGGCGGCGUCUUGCAGCAGCGGUGUUUGCAGCAGCAGGGAUUCUUAGGGUGGUGCUCAUCGCUAUCUACAUGUGUUGGCGUGGAGGGCCAGGGACCUGCGCCGGGUACUCUGGGGCCGUGUCCAUGUUGAGUGGGACACGUGGGUCGAAAAUCGUCGCGUUUUGCUUUGGUCUCACCAGCUCGAGGUCUGGUGUUUUGGAAACGUUGGUAGGCGAGCCGCUGCAUUCUUAAUUUUUUUGCCAGCUGUGUGUCGGGCUUGGGCGCAUCUUGAGCGGCGCCUCUGGAGGGCAACAUGGCCUAUAGUCGGGAGCCCAGGAUGGG